AUGUUGAUUGAUCUUUGCUUCGUGUUGAUUGACAGGGACCAAAGCUUAUACAACAUCGCCCUGCAAGUGUCGGCACGACUAUCAGUGCACCCAACGCCAUGCUCUGGUAGCAUGCAGCAAUCUCACCCUCAGAACUGCUAUUCACCACCGGCUCGCAACCUCCUCGGUCGCAUCAUGCGAGCUCAUGUCUGCCGCGGCAACCACCCAGACAGUGGUUACUGGGAGUUUUUGGCACUCCGUACUCCUCAACUUUCUACGAGCAGCGGCCGACGCUUUUUCCAGAAGGGACUACAAUACCGGAUAGGUCAGGAAAAAGUAGCGUUCACCGUCAAGGAAGAGACUGAAAUCAUUUCCGGCAAUGCUCUUAACGAUGUGAUGUCCGAAGUGGCAGACGGUCUUCAUCCUGAUGCUAUCCAGAAUGCUAUCAGGAACAUGGACAAGGACUUGAAGAUCGCCGAGCUCUGA